AAAUUUCGUUGGUAUACUUGGACUUCAUUCUAGCACUAUUUCCCUCGCCUUUGGGGACUAGUCUAUCGAGCAUAUCAUCAGCUCUAGCCCUGGCUCGAUACCCAAGCCUCAACAAAAGACCGCGCGUAGUCACCUCCUAGCACGAGCGCCCAAUAGCGAUCGCCAGCCAUCACCACCGUCGAUUGGAGUCUACUGGCCCGGGCUAGCCUGACCUAUGAGGCCACAAACGCCUUCCGUCGCCGCAACAAUGUUCUCGUUCUUUGCACAGAUUCGUGCAGACAGUAUUCCUGACGGAAUCCUUCCCAAGAACAAGAGACAGGUUGUGGGCACCGGUGUCACAACUACCACUACGAUGGCAUCGACCUCGGACACACCCAGCUCGACAACGGAGCCGACAAGCGAGACCACUCCAACGACGACUCAGCCAACCUCAGAAGAGACAACGCCAACAUCAGCCCAAACUACCUCAGCAGAGACGACGCCAACAUCGACAGUGCCGACGACCAUCGAUGUCACGACGACGAAUUCUGAUGGCUCGACUGUCACGUCGAGAAUUGCCACACGAACUGCAGUUUCUGGCUCAGCCUCUACUGGCCUCGUGAAGACGACCUCUGGCAAGUCGAGCGAUAUCGUCGUGGUCGGAUCUUCUACCAUCAACAGGUCCACACUGUCAUCUGCCACAGUCAUCACAUCUGCCCUUGUCGCAUCAGAAACCCACCGAUCGACCUACACUUCAUUCUGGACCAGCGACGGGUCGGUGUAUAGCUCGCUCGUGACUACCGACCAAGUUGUUGCCAGCACCACCGGCUAUGCCACAGCCACCAUUUCUCCUUCUCUUGCCGACAGUUCAUCUGGUGGUAGCUCACUCUCGACAUCGAGCAAGAAGAUCAUCGGAGGCGUGGUGGGCGGUAUCGGAGGCGCUAUUCUCGUUGGUGGCCUCGCCGUUGUGGCUUGGAGGAUCUGGGGCAGGAAGAAGAGGCCAGCCGUGCCGCAGGAUGAGUACCUGGACUCGCAAAACGACAGCAUCCGCAAGGAGAGAAUAGCGAGCGGUUCUGGACUCGAGCGAUACCAGCAACCACACAAUGCUCCAUACCAUAACCCGGGCGGCUCGGUCAACACGGCCAGCAACUUCUAAACGCCAAUGAAAUUGGAUAUUGCAUCUUGCUUUAUUGCUGCAUUUGAGCGUAAUGAUGGAUACGGUCGGUACAUAUUGCAGAUCAUGUGUUGGAAGCGGCCGAAGAUAGGCGGGCUCGCACAAGCAUUCAUAGAAUGGGGAAUGGCGUUGAAAAGCAUUUGGUGUCUCACCUCGGUUAGGGAGCACAACACCGUCGCGACGACGAUAUCAGUAUCAGAAUUUGUAUAGUAGAAGUAAUGCAUUGAAAAACUCACCACGC